CGGCGGCGGUGGCGGCGGCUCUGGAAGAGGCGAAGGAGGCGGCGGAGCUGCUUACCUCUUCUCAGACCCCGGAGCGUCCCGGACACGGAGCCCGGAACUGGGGGGACACGGCGACUGCGGGGACCCGGCGUCGGUUACAGUACUUAUUUUACCUGUGGUUAAUGAAGCAGGAGAGGACAGGUCUCCAGAAACAGGCGUCUAUCUUGCUUUUGAGUCAGAAUCAUCCUGGAGAGACAUGAAUGUCUGCAGUGAUAUUUCCUGAUAAGAAGAUAAUAGAAAGAAAGGAGAUCACCAGUUAGCAGAAUUUCAAAUAACCAGGAUUUUGUACUUAACACCUCCAACUACAGACUUCUCUUGCCUACCUUUAAAUCAGAGAUCACUACAAUCAGAACCCAGACAAGGCAAAAGAAUACUUUCCUUCUGUAUCUUUUGAGAUAAAAGAAACUGCAAUGUCCAGGAAACAAAACCAGAAGGAUUCAUCAGGAUUCAUUUUCGAUUUGCAGUCCAAUACUGUACUGGCCCAGGGAGGAACUUUUGAAAACAUGAAAGAGAAGAUAAAUGCAGUGCGUGCAAUAGUUCCCAAUAAGAGCAACAAUGAAAUCAUCCUGGUUUUGCAGCACUUUGAUAAUUGUGUGGACAAAACAGUACAAGCAUUUAUGGAAGGUAGUGCCAAUGAAGUACUCAAAGAAUGGACAGUAACAGGCAAGAAAAAGAACAAAAAGAAGAAAAGCAAACCAAAACCUGCAAUCGAAGCAAGUAACAGUAUCCUAGAUUCCAGUAAAUUGGUUUCUAUUCAAGAGGAGCAGUCCACGCCUUCUCCAGAAAAAGGUGAUAUUAAUGGUUACCAUGUUAAUGGUGCCAUCAAUGAUACUGAGUCUGUGGACUCACUCAGUGAAGGUAUGGAGACACUUUCAAUAGAUGCCAGAGAAUUGGAGGAUCCUGAGUCUUCCAUGCCAGAUGUGCUGGACAGAACAGGAUCCAUGCUGGAAAAUGGUGUCUUUGAUUUUGAGUCCAAGUCUUUGACUACGCACCCUACUCAGAAUUCUCAACAAAAUAGGAAUGCUAGCAAAUCUCUCUCAAGACCUCAGUUUUCAAAUUUGGGCAUGGAAGAUGUUCCACUCUCCUCCACCAACAAAAAGCUAGGUUCCAAUAUUGAAAAAUCUGUGAAAGACCUCCAGCGCUGCACAGUGUCUCUUGCACGAUAUCGAGUUGUAGUUAAAGAAGAGAUGGAUGCUUCCAUUAAGAAAAUGAAACAAGCUUUUGCUGAAUUGCAGAGCUGUUUAAUGGACCGAGAAGUGGCAUUGCUGGCUGAAAUGGACAAAGUGAAAGCUGAAGCAAUGGAAAUUUUGCUCAGCCGACAAAAGAAAGCUGAACUUCUAAAGAAGAUGACUGAUGUGGCUGUUCGAAUGUCAGAAGAGCAGUUGGUUGAGCUCAGAGCUGAUAUCAAGCACUUUGUUAGUGAACGUAAAUAUGACGAGGAUCUGGGAAGAGUAGCCCGGUUCACCUGUGACGUGGAGACCCUAAAGAAGAACAUUGAUUCAUUUGGACAAGUGUCCCAUCCAAAGAACAGCUAUUCAACCCGAUCGCGAUGUAGCUCAGUUACAUCUGUGUCCCUGAGUAGCCUGUGUGAUGCCCCUGCUGCUGCUGCUGCUGCUGCUGCUGCUUCCACCUGUGCCUCUGGUCCCAGCCUUACAAGUACGAACAAGAAAAACUCAGCACCAGGAGAGACUCCUGCAGGCAGAGCAGACUCCAGUGGCCGGUCCUAUCAGCCUCAUCGCCAGGUGUUGCCGGGGAACCGACGAGGAGGACAAGGCUACAGGCCGCAAGGCCAAAAGUUCAGUGACCCCACGAACCAAGAACAACAUGACAGUAUGGGUCGUUACAGAAAUAGCUCAUGGUAUUCAUCUGGUUCCAGGUAUCAGAGUUCACAACCCCAGGCACCAGGAAAUGCUAGUGAAUGGGGCCAGGCGCUCUCUGCAGGGAACAAUGGAACUAGAGCCAGCAUGGAACCCAGCCCACCUAAGCCCUCAUUCAAAAGGGGCCCACUCCCCCAGCGCAAACCCAGGACCUCUCAUCCUGCAGCUGUGAACUCUUGAGGGAAAUUCCAAUUGGCCUUUCUCCUUUAUCCCACAUAAUUCAACUUGGUAACUGGACUUUAGGAAACUUAUAGUUAGAUUUAAUAACAGAAAGACGUUUUCGCAUAUCAGUUUUUAUACCAUUCUAAAUAUUUCUUUCCUCAUUUCCUCAUUAUUUUUGGAAGGCAAUCUUUUUUUUCCCCUUGACCUUUCCCCGUGAUUUGGAUUCAUUCUGAUUGGUCAUUUCUACCAGGAAUCAUGGGCAAUGAUGGCCAAGUUUCCCAAGAGUAAGCAGUGUUCUUCCCAGGGCACCAGGCCUUUCAGUUGCCCGCAGAGGCCGUCCUUUCAGUUGCCCGCAGAGGUCAGGCUCUCAGGAGUGGAUGGGCCGGAGCUAGUCCUCCUGCCUUUCCAGUCUAAGAGGAGCCACACAUGCCGGUCAGGUUCCCUCUAAACAACAGUUUCACCAGGAGAGGCACUGAGGGGAUUGUGUACUGCACUGAAUUAGAGAAGUGGAAAAUUUAAUUGGUGAAAAGGAAAAAAAGACUAGGAAAUAUUUAAGAAUCUGCCUCUCACAAAGUGCCUGAGAUUGACACUCAGAUCAGGGUUUCAGUCUCCCGCUUGGCAUGAUAGCUUAACCUGCAGUUUCUUCAAAAUAUCCAAAGCUUUGUUUCCUUAAUUUCCUUAGACUGCAAACGUGUCUAGGGAAGUCCAUGGGAAAAUAGCAUUUAUUUAAAGUUAAAAGAGGGGGGAAAGUAUUUCUUUGCUUUAAUGUUUGAAGAUUUUUGUUGUUAUUAUUCUCAUUCUAAAUCGUAUUCUUAUCCUAAAUCAAAUUUAUAGCUAUGUAAUUAGUGUUAAUCUAAGUGUUACUCAUCAAAAAAUUGCCACAGUCAAUCUUUAGAGUUGAGUAAAUAAAAACAACUGCAUAAAUGUUCCCACAUUUGUUUCCCAGCGGCAAGUGACUUCAUUUCAUUAUCUAUUUUUCUUUGGGCCUCAUGUGGUAGAAGUCUCUGAGACAGCUUGUUCGGGGCUUAAAUGAGGGUGUCUGAUGCCUAAGUCAUCUGUCCGCUGCUUAGCUUCAGAACCAAAUUAAAAUGUGAAGAGCCAGAAUGAGCAAAUGCAGCUGUUCCUGUGGGAAAGAUUCAUAGGAUAGGGAAUGACUUUCCAAAGGAGAGCUUACCAGUUUAGAAAAACCACAGCUGCCAACGGCUCUCCCAGGCAACCAAAGGUUAUAUCAGCACCCUCCUCCCUGCCUGUCCCUUGACAGGAGUAGUGAAUGUAACCGUAUAAUUGAGCUCCCGCACGUAGCAGGUGGCAUCGGUGCCAGAUCCUUGCACCCUAUCCCCACUCCAGCAUCUAUGAUUUAAUAACAGCAGAGCGAUUUAUUUCUCCAGUAUUUGUUCUCCCAAGUCUGAAUCCCAGACUGAGUGGCAGUGGUGCAGAACUCGGCUGCCUCGGGGCUUCCCCUGGCUCUUUGGCUGAGGCUGAGCUGCCUGGUUCAGGUUGGCUGAACAGAUUUAGAGAGGACGAGAGAUUGUGUGUGUCUUUCAGUAAUGAAAACAGUAGUCAAGGAGUCCUGGGAAGCCAUUUUCUAAAAGGCUCAUCACCUCAUUUUGGGGAAUUUGUCCAAUAACACCAUCAGCCUGCUGGGUGUCAGGAAAAAAAACCCUGCUUUUCUGAUUAAUUGCUUACCUUACUGUAUAGGAAAUUCAGAGAUUAAAACAACCUUGAAGGAUUCUGAGGUCUAUCUCUGUAUCCAAGCAAAACUGUAUUUAACCACCCAGACAGAUGGGAAGCCACUGUUUAUGAAAACAGUCUUUAAGUCGAAAUUAAAAUCUUAUAGAAAAGUAUUUGAAUAUAUUUUUCUGUGACCAUAAAAAGUUUGAAAAUUAUCAAGAUUUUUCUACAUUUUGUUUUUAAUUACAAAGUAGUAUUUAAAAUAUCAAAUAAUGCCCUAACUGGUUAUGCUCAGUGGAUA